AUGGCGGCGCCGUCGGGGAGCCGGAGGGGGGCAGUGGCGGCCCAGUCGCCGGCGUCUCUGGGCGCCGAUCAAAGUAGAUCGCCGGGGGCGUCCAAGUACCUCGCUGACCUCCCUUCCCGUGGUCUCUUCUCCUCCACCGUCCUCUCUUCCAACCUGGUACUCUCCUCCCCCGUUCCGACCCUAGAUGACUUCAACUCCGCGAUUUGAUUUUAUUAUUGAAGUCAAAUCGCUUAAUUGAGUUUAUUUAAUGCUCGGAUUCUGACGAAAUUGAGUCGUGGAGUGUCGUUUUGAUGUACUUUACGCGGCUGUAGGGUGGCAUUCGAGUUUAUAUGUGCGAUCACGACACGUCACCUCCAGGUUACUCCCUUCCUUGUAUUAUCGUGCUUCAGUAUGUUUAAGGCUGGCAUUUUUUUCCUUAAUUGCGUUUAUUGGGAAGAAUUUUACUAGCUCUUGGCUUUUCUGCAUUAGAAAUGCCGAUUAUUCCUAUCCUGUGCCUCCUUCCCGGUCCAGAAGGACUUAGUUGCGCCAUAUCCGUGCUAUGAAUUUAGAAAAAGGCCGUAGCAUUUAACUGAUGCAGUCGCGAUUCAUAACGACACCUACAAGCCUGUAUUUAAGGUAUUCUUAAAACAAUAAGAACCCCCUAAUUUUCCUCUUCUUGCCACUGAUGUAAAAUAUUCAAACAAGUAUAAUGCUUAUUGUCCGGAAAAUAGUACCUACAUUAUCAUCUCAGGAAGGAUCAUGUGAAAACUCUUUCCGUUUCUUUGAGAAAUAAUAGUGUGCACGUCACAGUACGUCCAAUAAUUCAGCCUUUUUCUCCGCUCAUUCUGCUUUUCCUCCAUAACUUUUUUCGGUUGUUUUCCACUUGGAUUUUAAACUGGCUCGGUGAUGACAGGAGUAAAAGUUGAUCAUUUUUUUAUGUCUUGUAGGAAUGUAUUGUUGAUCGGAAAGUAAAUAUUUAUUCUUCUCUCUUCAUGGAAAUUUGAAAAUUUGUCACCACAUAAAGUUUUAACUUUUUUUUCCCACCAAUUUCUUUUCAAUAGUUUUAAGAGUGAAUUUGUAUACCAAAACCUUUGGAACCAGAGAAUGUAAAGUAAGUUUAGUGUAGUAUUAUCGUAUGGGAAAUUCUAUGGAAGAAACCAUACAAUAGCCUGCCCUGAGGUGCCAGAAUGAAGACAUCUGUUAGUUAUGAAAUAGCAGUAGUAGGAGACUCUACAAUUCCUGGCACACCUAGAUUUAAAAGCACGCAGCACAAGGAACAAAUCAUCUUACUCACAUGUUCCAUUAUCUUUUCCAUCGAAAGAUAAAUACCCAUUAGCUGUCUGGUGACUUUCCAACAACCUGUACUUCAUGAUUCCUUCAUGGACGGGGAAAAGUGGCUAAUGUCAACAAAUCCUCAUUCCAUCCUUCACCACAAUACAGGUUGAUAUCUCCUCUACAAAAUGAGAUGACUUUUCAUAUUCUCUGCACACAAAUUGACCUCCUGGACAAUUUUUGUUUGCUGAAUGAGAUUCUGCAGAAAUGUCUUCAAUUCACUCCAGCUUCUGUUUUCACUGUAAACCUGGCACUGCUCUUCAACUGCAAACCUCCAAUUGUCUUCACCCUGCUUGUUGGACAUAGUAAAUCCUAUCUACUCAGAAAAUUGCAAUGUUUCUCUACUUCCCAGUGAUGAAGAUUCCCCCUGAAUGCAGCAGUCCACCCGUGCCCAUGACUAAAAACAUAAUCUACCUUUGUCUCAGGAUGCAUGAUGAUGAGAUAUAAGAAGGGAAAGUCCAUGUGCUCUUCAAUCAUAUAAACGUAUGAUUAUCUGUCAAAGUUAAGAGUCUCACAUCAGUCUAUGGCGAACACAUCACCUGAUUCAGGUCUCCAUUCCUAUAUAUUGCUAAUGUUGCCUAAUUUAGAAGACAAAAUACUCAAUCCCCUCCAUUUUGUAUUUUGAAGUGGAUGAUGCCACACAGUCAGUUCAUGAAAGAAAGAAAGAAGUCAUAAGUGUGAGAACUCCACUUGUAGUCUGGUUUUAUGAGUAUCCUUUGCUUUUCAUAUGUUUUUGGAUGAUAUAUCUUACCUCAAAUAUUCCUUUCUGCUGCAUAGCAUGAACAUCGAAAAAUAUAUGAUCUGCAUUAUUCAGGGGUCACAAUGACCUCGUCUUCCGCACCCUUCUCUCUAAAUUAUUUUAUUUCUUCCAUUUUAUCAUAUUUAAGUCUGUUGUGGCUAUUUUUCUGAUGCACUCAAGUUUUUACCUACAUAGUUUAUUGCUUUUGUGGUAAUAAAAAUCCCUUGCCCUAUGUAGAUAACCCUCCUUUGCCUAGGAGCUCAACCCCAUACUAAUCAUUUUUUUAAUUGUUUUAUCACAACUCUGCUUAUAAUUUUCUUAUAAAAAAUUUCAAACAUCUAACUUAUCGGUUCUUUCUCAAAUAUUGAUCAUAGAAGGAAAAAGGCGAUGCAUAGAACAAAACGAUCGUGGAUGAUAGUCAGAUUAGCCACCUAAAGCAUGGCACCUAACAUUUGAGCCUCACUAUUCUUUCUUGUCAUGUUAAGAAAACAUCUUAAAGAAAGUUUACGUUUACAUCACAAAAGAAAAUAAAAACGGUUAGUCAUUAUUUCAAAAAUUAUUAAUAAAUCAGAGUUGAGUUUGGAGAUGCAAUCCAUGGCGCCCGAAUCCUUUCAGAUGGACAUGUGGAUGAUUCCUGCCUUUUAAUCAUUCCGCUUUAUUUGACUGCCCGUUUGAUCAAAUGGAAAUUAGUGAACAUCUGACAGAAAAUAUAAUAUUCUAAUCCUUGGAUAUCGCUGCUAGUGAUUUGGAGGUGGGGGUAGCGUGAAGAUUUUCAUUUAAGUUAACUGGUUGAAUGGAUAGACAACAACCGUUAUAAAGCGAAGUUACCAAGGGGAAUUCGUAUUCCUGAAGGUUAGCCGGCCCAUAUCAUUGCAGAUACCACUAUUUGAGCAUUAUUAAUGACUAUGGUUUUAAUUUUGAUCCUGUCUUGGGCGAGAAUUAGACUACGGGCCCUGUCUGCGUCACAUUUUUUAUUGUGUAGGUAAAUUUAGCACUUAAUUAUGUUUUAUCUGUAACCUUGUGCUGUGGCUGAGGCCGUGUCAAGAAAACCAACUUUUAAGCAAUCACACAGUGUGAAAACUUACAUUUGACAUCAUUUCCUGCCUUCUCAGCAAACAUCGGGCUUGAUAUCCCCAUUGUACUAACCUUACCUAAUCAUAGGAGUAUCAUCCAAUUCGUUCCUUAUUGUGCACCUUUUUGCUUGUGGGAUGUACUGCGGCGUUAAAAAAUUGUAUUGUGCUACGCGGGUAUCACAUUAUAAUGUUUUUGGUCUAUUUUCUUGUUAGCUAGUAUAUAUAUAUAUAAUAUUUAGUUUCUUCUUGCGAAUGUGCUCGAUUUUCAUUGCCCUGCACUGCUGAAUUCAGUAGGUGAUGAGCAGGACCUGCACUGUGCCCUCUUUUUUUUUUUUCUAUUUUUGAAGUCCAUUGAGUAGUAUUAUCAACCUUUUCUGGGAAAUAACAAAUAACGUACUUAGAUUUAUAUUUUUGAUUGGCAUCACUUGAGCUUCUUCCGUGAUGUUUGUACAUUAUAUACAUGAGUGGUUUAUUUUUUUUCGGUGUUCUAGUUGGAUUAGUAGAUCACUUGUGUACGGUUUCUCAUUCUUGCGUUUUCUUAUUUCAUUCUUUCAGAGGAACAACUAAUUAGGACAAACUCUACAAAUAUAUUAAUUCGAUCUCUUCAGCUGAACAAACAAAGGAGUGAGGGGAAAGAUGGAAAGGCGAAAGCAGUAGCAGAGAGCAACAGAGGAAAGAGGUAAAGAUCUAAGAUGUAUAAGUACGUAUUUAAAUUCUGAGCCCCCCAUACUUAAGUACGAAGUUGAAAUAUGUUGGUUCGUCACCUCAAAUCCCCUCGCCUUGCUCCAAAACUUCAAUGAGUUAUCUAGUUGAUAUUAUGCUCAUGAUUUUUUAUCCUUCAUUUAUCGAUUUGAAAUGCGUGUACAUGCAAACUCCUACCGUAAAGAACAAAAGAAAAUUCUAGUAAAAAAAUAGACAGUGAAAAAGGUCUCAGUUGUUUCUUGGAAAUGGUCGUAUUGCUUGAUUGUCAUCACGACCAUGAGCCAUUGUUUUUAUGGCAUAAGCUGUAAACCAUUUAGUAUUUAGUGAUCAAUUCCCAUUGAGGUUUUACACAUGUUCUACCUGGUUUCUAUCGCUCUAUCCUACUUGUUCUGGAAAUUAUCAGCGUAUCACAAUCCGGUUAGAAUGGAGUAAGAAGCAAUCCACUGAGUUAUUUCCUUGACGCCUAUAUUUUUCUACUUGGUGGUAGCUAUGAAACUACUUUUGUCAAGUCACAAGAUGCUCAAUCUGCCUCCGAGAAAGGCAAUAAAAAAGAGAUGAAUCAACAAGAGAAAGGAAUGUAUGAUAUCCUUGGGUAGGCAAACCCAUGAAAACUAGUACAUAAGACAUCUUAUGCCGGCAUCACCAACAAUAUUUUUUCAUGUAAUCAUCUCGCACUUUCUCCUUAUAACCUUUCAUUGUGGGCCUUUUCUUGUGUAAUUUGAAAGAUCCAAUAAUCGUCUUGCGGCAUCUCUGAUUAUCUGGCCAUAUCUCAUUCUUCUAACCAGUCCUGUUCAUGAUACACGAACCAUCUCAGGCACUCUUUCAUUUGUCUGUCAAUGAACGAUAACUUCUUCCACUUCACUGUAUUUCUUGUCAUCUUCUUUAGCGCUCUUAUCACCUUCACUCUACAGGAUAGCAUGAUAAUCAGACAUCCUAGGGUUAAAUGGGCUAGCCGGUUACCUCUCCAUGCCUCCCCAACAUCUAAACCAGUUCUGCAGCGUGAUUUAACCUAAGCGAACCACUCAGCAGGAUCCUUGUUUACAUCUGUGGAAAAAAUGAUUCUUUGGGAAAUUUUAGUAAGGACAUGGUUUUAUGAUGAACUUCAUUGAUAUAUGUUUGCUGGCUUUCAGGGCUUCUGAGAGGUCUCUAGAUGUGCGGUCUUCAGUGAAGAAAGCCAACAUCGCAAGUGGUUCUUCUAGUCCUGGACAAGGUAGGCUGUUGGAAAAUUCAUUUCAUGUCUGUGGAAGGGAACCCAUCUUGGCAUAUCCAGUGCCAUACAUCGCUGCAAAAACUUCUAUUUAAAGUCUGCAUUCCAUAAUUGUAAUAGGAUUAGUGAUGAUAGCGUCUUAAAGUCGCUAUUUUGCUGCUCUUACCAUGAAUAAAUUGCUUCUGACAAAAUUCCAUGGUUUCGGCAUGACAUGAAUUAGAUAAGGUAUGAAGCAGGCAUGCACCGACAUACGAAACCUCCAUUUAAAUGAUUUUUGGAAGAAGAACCAUCUAAUGAUGUUCUAACUAGGACUCAAAUUAUUUUCAUCGUUUUUUAUCCUUUAUCACAUUAUGUAUUUAUUAUGUCGAAUUUCUGUUGAUUUAGUAUAAAAGCAUUUCACUAUUCAUUCCCCAUGCUAUCUAGAAGAUUAUGGCAUUGGCUGCACUGAAGAUCUUCGAAGUGGAGAUCCUUUUCAAUUAAUAGUACCGAUUAUGUAGAUACCAUCUUGUACUCAAGAUCAACACCAUGAGCAUAGAAUAGGCAUCACCAAUAUUGCUAUAAUUUAGUAUUUAUUUAUUUAUUUAUUUGGGAUUAUUCCAGCAGACUCAUUUGAUCCAUAGAGAGGUAAGUUUUGUUCUAUUCACGCAUUAGAUCUUCCAUGAAUCUCUCAUCUCAAAAUCACAGAUAGGGUUCUCUAGGGUUUUUUGGUUUUUUUUUUUUUUUUUUUUUCUGGUUGAGAUGGAACGUGCUAGGAAAAAAAAAAAAGGAAGAAAAAAAUCCUUUAUUAGGCAAAGAAGUUGCAUCGUUUUUCAUCGGCUGAUGUACUGUUUGCCAUGGCGCAGAGGAUUCGAAGGCUUUCCCCACCGACAAGGAGCUCCAGGCAUUCACCGUGGAGAAGCUCCGGACGCUGCUGAAGGAGCGGGGCCUGUCAGUGAAGGGCAAGAAGGCAAGGCCAUUGGAAUCAUCGACCUUACCUCUUAUCCACCCACCCUCAUUCGUUAACUUUUUACUAUUUAUGCUCCUUGUCCAACGCAGGAUGAGCUGAUCUCGCGCUUGAAGGACGACUAA